AUGAAUUCAAAUUAUGAAACAGCAGAAUUAGAACAAUUAUUAAGUUUAAAUGCACCAUUAGAAAAUGUUGAAGCAAGAUGGCAAAGAAAAGCAAGACAAAAUAAUAGUAAUACAAACAAUAAUAAUGGUAAUAAUGGUGGUGAUAGAUUUAUACCAAAUAAAAUGAAUAUAGAUAUUGGACAUUUUAAUCUUACUAAAGAAAAUUCAAACCCAAAUCCAAAUGCAAUAAAUAAUAAUUCAUCAACAUCAACAUCAACAACAGCAACAUCGUCAACAACUAAUAAUAUAGAAUCAACACUUUAUAAAGAUACAUUAGCAAAUCAAUUAUUUGAGAGUAAUAGUGGUGAUUUAGAAUCAAAGAUUCUUUCAUUUAAAUCAAAAGCACCCGUUGGUAAUGUAUCAUCAUCAACCAAUUCAUUACGUGUACUCUAUAGUCAAAAUCAAGUUGGUAGUACACCAACCGACCAAUCAUUAAAGAAACAAUUUCGUCAAAUACCACAACAACCAGAACGUAUAUUGGAUGCACCAGAUAUUGUCGAUGAUUAUUAUUUGAAUCUACUCGAUUGGAGUAGUCAAAAUGUAAUUGCAAUUCCAUUGGGUCAAACGGUUUACCUUUGGAAUGCAACCACUAGUGAAAUUCAAAGAUUGUUUCAAGUGGAGCAACAAGACGAUUAUAUUACAUCACUUCAAUGGACAAAAGAUGGUAACUAUUUAGCCGUUGGUACCAAUAGUUGUACCAUUCAAUUAUGGGAUGUCGCUCAUACCAAGAAGGUACGUGAACUUCGUGGUCACGCGGGUAGAGUUGGUGCUUUGGCAUGGAAUGAUUAUAUUUUAAGUUCAGGUUCAUCCGAUACCAAUAUCUUCAAUCAUGAUGUACGUGUACAAAAUCAUCAUGUCUCAACAUUGUCAGGUCAUUCUCAAGAGGUUUGUGGUCUUAAAUGGUCACAUGAUGGUGGCCAAUUGGCUUCGGGUGGCAAUGAUAAUAUCAUCAACAUUUGGGAUAUCAAUUCUGAGAACUUUGAAACACCAGCUCAUACAUUUGAACAACAUACUGCUGCCGUUCGUGCAUUGGCUUGGUGUCCUUUUCAACCAAAUUUACUCGCUACAGGUGGUGGUGCUGCCGAUCGUACCAUUCGUUUUUGGAAUACAAUUACUGGUGUUUGCUUAAAUACUGUCGAUACAAUGUCACAGGUUUGUUCUAUUCAAUGGUCAACUACCUAUCGUGAAUUGGUUUCAAGUCAUGGUUACUCUCAAAAUCAACUUUGUGUUUGGAAAUAUCCCUCAAUGGUAAAAUGUGCUGAACUCACUGGUCAUACUUCAAGAGCUUUACACACUGCAAUAUCACCCGAUGGUGAAACUGUAGUUUCUGCUUCUGCCGAUGAAACUCUUCGUUUUUGGAGAGUAUUUGAAAAAGAAAAUAAACUUCCAACUGCUAAUCGUAAAUCAAAAGAAGUUUCUGAUGGUUCAAUGAUGAGAAAUAUAAAUUCUUUAAUUCGUUAA